UCGGGCCCACACGCAACUUACACACGUUUUCUUUUUCACUUCUUUCUCUCGCGACGAUAGCCAUUGCCCAUCGCUAACACUACCGCUAACUUGAUCGAUAGUGGCGCGUUGCGACCUCAUGUUUUUUCAAGACGACUUGGCCAUGGAUUGACGGAGCUGUACAUCUCUUCGUUUCAAGAGUACUUGGAUUGACGGGGCUGUACAUCUCUUCGCUCAUUCUUCUUCCAUAAUCCCUUCCCUUUGUGGAAAAAAACAAAUCAGAAAACAACUCAUUGCAAUGUGACCAUUGGCCCGGUCAUCGCUGGAGCCAGCUGGCAACACCCUCCAGGAUUUUUUCUAAAUCAGAUGGACAGCGAGACGUUAUACAUACAAAUCCUAUCCCUUCCAUUAUCGCGGUCAGGGCUUAAUUGUUGCCUAGAACACUGCCAUGCAAAAAAUCAAUGUUUUUUGCUCGAGCCUCGAGUCGCUCGAAGAUGACGAUGACAUUAUCCAUCCUUGGUUCCACACCGCCCUUUUACCUCUCAUUCACAUCGCGGCCGAUAUGCCCAAAAGGACCGAAGUCGAUAGCACUGCUGCAUUAUCAAUUCUUUUCGCCAGCCAGCCAAUUUACCCUCUUAUGUGCUACAAUGAAGUUCGGAGCUGGAGAAGGUUCGGGUCAUUGAUUAGCAAGAAGGUACAGAGUUUACCUUUGAAGUGCUUAUGACCCUGCAUGACGGCGGCGACAACACUGGGGGUAUGAUCCCUAGAUAAAAGGGCUUUUCUACUCCACAUCCUCUCUGUGUUUUCAUAUUUGUACUUUUCCACCAUGUCUACGAACGCGAGUGUUCAGACGGAUGGAAAAGAGGUCGAAGUCGAUGUUCUCGUCGUCGGAGCUGGGUUUGGUGGCGUUUUGAUGUUGCAAUCGUUUAGGGAGGCUGGAUUCUCGGUGAAGCUUGUUGAGGCUGGGUCGGAUUUGGGAGGGAUUUGGUAUUGGAACUCGUAUCCGGGAGCAAGAGUUGAUAGCGAUUUGCCUGUCUAUCAACUUACCGAUGAAAGACUGUGGAAAGAUUGGUCCUGGAAGGAGAAGUACCCUGCGGCAAAGGAGAUCCGGGAGUAUUUCCAUUACGUCGACAAGAAGUUUGAUCUGUCUCGGGACAUCACCUAUAACACCCGUGUCGAUGCAGCGCAGUGGGAUGCUGAUGCCCAACGAUGGAUCGUACGUGCCGAUGACGGAUCUGUUUAUCGUCCUCGAUGGUUCAUGCUUUGUACUGGAAUCGGAGCGAAGCCUUACACGCCUCCUUUCAAGGGUCUUGACUCGUUCAAGGGUGUGGUCCACCACACCGCCGGAUGGCCUGAAGCUGGUGUCGACUUGAAGGGCAAGAGGGUUGGCGUCAUCGGUACGGGUGCUACUGGUGUCCAGGUUAUACAAGAAGUUGGCCCCGUCGUUGAUCAUCUCACUGUCUUCCAACGCACUCCCAAUCUCGCAUUGCCGAUGAAUCAGGCAAAGGUCGAUGUGAAGACUCAAAAUGGCCGGAAGGAUUUCUACCCUUCUUACUUCCGAAGACGUCAUGAGACUUUCGGUGGUUUCACUUAUCCCAUGGACAUGCGCGAAACGUUGAGCGUUCCAUACGACGAACGCGUGUUAUAUUGGGAAGAUUGUUUCACGAUUGGUGGUUUCCGUUUCUGGGUUGGGAACUUCAUAGAUCUGUUUACCAACCAAGAAGCAAAUGAUGAGGCUUAUGCUUUCUGGCGGAAGAAGGUCAGAGCGCGGGUCAAUGAUCCUGUGAUGCAGGAGAAGCUCGCUCCUACUAUUCCCCCUCAUCCUUUCGGCUGCAAGAGACCAAGUUUGGAGCAGAACUAUUACGAGAUUUUCAACCAACCCAAUGUCGACCUUGUUGAUGUUACUGCGACCCCCAUCGAAGAGAUCACGGAGAAAGGUAUCAAGACGAAGGAUGGGAAGGAAUACGAGUUCGAAAUUCUCAUCGUCGCUACCGGUUAUGAUGCUGUCACCGGUGGUAUCACCCAAAUCGAUAUUCGCGGAACUGAUGGUGUUACCAUCGACGACAAAUGGAAGGAGGGUAUCUACACGUCGCUCGGGAUGAUGACCGCCAGCUUCCCCAACAUGAUCUUCAUGUACGGUCCUCAGGCUCCGACUGCCUUUUGUAACGGCCCAAGUUGUAAUGAGUUGCAAUGUAAAUGGAUUAUAGAUCUCGUGAACUACACUCGCGAACAAGGGAUCACCAGUGUCGUUCCCAGCCGUCAGGCAGAGGAGGACUGGCGGAACUUGGUACACGAGCUCAGUGCAAAAGCGCUUUGGCACAAAGCCAAGUCAUGGUACAUGGGCGCCAACAUCCCUGGUAAGAAGAUAGAGCCGCUCAACUUUACGGGUGGUGUUCCGUUGUACAAACAACUGAUCCAAGAGGCCGCUGAUAGCGGUUACCCUCAACUUGAGAAGACGAAAGGAAAUGUAAAAUAGAUCUUGUGUACCUGUGUACUAUUAAAAUGCGACGUUUAAUCAUAACUAUGUUCAGCGUA